AUGGCCUCAGAUGACCAACACCAGCAACAGAUGACUAGCCUGUGCUGUAGGAUCAAUACGCUCGAAAAUGACCUACAAGUGAUCAACGAGGAAGAUUGCGUAAGACAAUGGCGAAGACUUCGACUAAAUCUUGAUCAUUGGGUGAAGAAGAAUUUCAAAGACGCUGCAAAGCUGGGUCUCCUCGAUUACAGUGCUAUGCUUCAAUUAAUUGGGACGACUACUGCCCAUUCAAAAGGUCUCGUUGCAGGCAACAACCACCAGCGUUGGGCAAUUCUUCAAGCUUGGAUUAUGAAGAUGCUCCAUGGUUACAUCUUUAUCCAGUAUUUCCCUGGACUCAGUCAGUGUGAUAAUGAGUUUUUUCUCAGCAUAGAUCAGUUGAUAUUUGAGCAAAGCGGUCUCAACACGUGGAAACAUUGCAAAUCAGGAAUCAACACAGCUCUCGACACUCUCACGAAACCGUCAAGAACGAUGAUAAUAGAACAACUUGUGGCCUAUGUUGAAAGCGAACUGGGAGAAUAUGCAACAACGGCACCUGAUAUGCGGCAGCAGCAGCUGCAUAAUAUUAUUGUCCUGAGACGACAGUUGGUCUUUCUCUCUGGCAGUCCCUUUGGAAGGAAGAUCCUUCCGGAAAUCGAUUCUGCUUGGAGCCGGAAUACAUCUGGACUGCUGCUCUUUGAAGAUGUAGCAAUACAAGUGAGUGGACGGCACUUCUAUCAGGGUGCUUACAAGGAUGAGAAUGAAUGGAUGACGUUGUGGUCGGAUUUGGGCUGGAGCAGUGAUUCCGAUGAGGAAGCUGCUACACGACUUCUGGUGCCAAUUGGCUCCUCUCGGCGGGAUGGCGUUGUUGUCAUUGCUAAUGGUUUCGAUGUCGGCAGUGUCGACCUCGGAUUCAGUACCACUGAUGGUAGGGACUGGCUCGAUGAUAACGACCUGGGUGUCGGCCACCGGCUCAGUGACCACGCUCUGAGUGACGGCUGCUGCGUCGGGACGGGUGUCCAUGUCAUCCUCGUCGGUUUCGGUUGUGACUGGCUUGUGGCUGCCUUUGUGGCUGUGCCGGUGUCUUUUUCGAGGUCUGACCUUUGGUGUUUAUUGGGUUGGCCGGUUUGGCCACGGCCGCUACCCAUGGCCGCUGCCGCUUCCCUCGGUGUUGGAUUCAAGCUCACUGGUCCUCUGCUGGCCGAAGCCGAGCCUGAACCUGAGCUGACCCCGGAUGCCUCAGAUAAUCCGGGGUUCGCGGCCGAGAGCCUCCCUUCGGCGCUUGCCGAGUUGCUCAAUGAACUUGAUGUCUGCAAGCAUGGGAUUGGCGUGAUUUCCAGUGCUCUGCAGGAGGAUCUGUGUGAAAAGGCGAAUAGAAAUGAGUCAGGGUGGAACAUUCUGGUGCAUUGCCAGAUACUGGAUGAGGCUAUCGGCGGACUGCAAAUGCGGAACCAGUUGGUAGGCUUUGCGCCUUGUACCACCGCCAAAAUCAUUCACAAAUACCUCCUUGGCAGCCUGACGCCUACGAUGGUAGACUUUUGUAUGUAUCUGGACCCGGAAAUGGAUAAAGCCGCUCUCGAUGCCAGCGAGCGGAUUCGCGAAGAGCUUCCGUGCAAAAUGAUUGACCACACAGAUUUUUAUUCUCUCCGAGGGCGGCCCAUCACUGUCAGCAUCGAGACCAAGACGCCAAGUGGAGCAAAGCCUGCACCUGCGGAGUUACAGUUAGGCACGUGGCAUGCCGCACAAUGGAACUUACUCGAAAAUAUCGUUACUCGGGCCGCCGGUACCUUUGAGGACUUGCCUUUUCUACCAGCUGGUAUUGUUAAUGGACAUGACUGGGGGUUUACCGCUACAACCAGGGCUGGGAAGAAGACGAUCUUCUGGUCAGAGAAAAGAUUUGGGUCAACCAGAGACCCCCAAGAUGUAUACAAGAUGAUUUGGGGACUGCAACGUCUUGCAAAGUGGAGUAGCGAAGUCUACUGGCCAUGGUAUCGAUAA